AUGGAGCAUUUAGUUGCGCUAUCAUUUGAGCAUAGAAUUGGAAACCAAGUCGACGGAAUUUAUCCACCACUACCAGACAAAGAAUAUAUUAAAUCUUGGAGCCAAGGUCUUCCUUUUAUUGGAAUUCCAGACAAAGCACACGGCUCUUGCUCAUCAUUUAUUCACUUUACCUUACCAAAUCCUGAUCAUCCUACAGGCCAAUCAUACGGUAUAGCUGCUUACAGAUCUUUCGAAACAUCCCAACUAAAGACUCAAGAUCCAGCAUACGUAAGAGGUCAUGUUCAACGUUCUCUUCUUGUAAUCUCAAAGAUUCCUCUAUUUGGAGAACUUGAAAGCAAAUUGAAACAAUUACUUUUCGAUAAUUUUGAUAAUUUAGUUCCAUCUCUUGAAACGAUGUGGAAUCAACUUCAAGAAGUUGUUGCAUCACCAGUCAGAUACUCAGGUAUAUCAUAUCCUUCUCUUUUUCAAAAUUUACAAACAGAAGUUCUUACGGCCAUCAAAGCUCUUGUUUUAGGCCAUCGCAUUCUCAUAUUUGCCGAUAACUCAGAGCUUGUCUCCAAGAUGGUCACAGCCAUUGGCUCAUUACUCCCAGGAUAUAUGUAUAAUGAUGAUUAUCCAUACAAAUUCUUCGGAACAGACUACGCAUUUGCCCCUUACGUACCAUUACAAUUCACAGAGGUUCUCAAUCACUCUAAAUCUCACUCAAAAAUCAUGGGAACAUGCAGUGAAUUGUUUAUGGACCAAAAAAUCGUGAAUUACGACCUUCUCAUCGACUGCCGCAAGAUACCAGCCCUUAUCACAGGUGGCGACAUCCUCAAAAUGUGUCGUCCUACAUCAGUUGAGACAAAAUGGAUGAAUGAGCUCUUGAGUGAACUGAAACUCAACUGGCAAAAGGCAGAAUCAGCGGAUUGGGUUCGCGAUAUGUUCAAGAAGUGGAUGAACACGCUCUUCUUCACAAUCCUUUCGACAAGACACUUAUCUAUUGUUCCAGAAUACAUUUGGCCAUAUUUAGACUGGAUAAAGGCAUACGAUGUAUUCGGAGAACAGUUUAUCAAUGAACUGUUGAAACUGGACAACACUAAACAGAUUCUUCGCGCGAAAGAUACAUCAAAAUUCCAGAAAAUUGAUGAAACUCUCGUCCCUCCAAAGAAAAUGACUAUCAAAUCACUCAAGUUCUGGUAA